GGAGAGAUAUACUUUCUCGAUUCGUUUCUAAUUCUGGAACGGAAUGUACCACGAGUGCAUGCACUUACAUACAACGGAACGUCAUAAUCCCGAGGAAUGACAUUUAAAAUUUUGUAGUUAAAUCGACGAUAAGUGAAUACGUUAUUUAGAAGAGUUUGUUUUUUUUUUUUUUUCAAACAAAAAGAUUUCAUUUCAUCAUCGCGGUUAGUUAUAUUGCAUGGAUCUUAAUACGAAAGAAGGGAAGACGAUAUGAACGUGAACAACGACGUGGAUCAACAUUUGUUACACCAAUUUAGCUGUUUGGGCACCACGGAUAAAGAUGAUUUAAUUAAACAGCUACAAAGAUUGUUAGCUGGUAGCCAAUUAAAUGAGGCAACCGCUGCGUUUUUCUUGGAUAUGAAUAAUUGGAAUUUACAAGCUGCGGUAUGUAGUUACUUCGAUUAUGAGUCACCAUUCAAACUUCCUUGUAUGACGCUAUUGUGCGACAGCACCAUAGGCGAUGGAGAAUCUGUUCCGCCUAAUACAAAGUUUCAAAAGUCAUGGCGAAUUCAAAAUAGCGGUACAGAAACUUGGCCAAAUGGCGUUCGCUUACAACAUUCUGCUGGUACACCAUUGGGCGAUUGUAUGAAAGUGCCAGUUCCAUCCUUAGCUCCUAAAGAAACGAUAGAGAUAAGUGUCACUUUGACAAGCCCCGAGGAUUUGGGUGUUCACCAAAGCAAAUGGAGGAUGAUAACACCUGCUGGCUCUUAUUUUGGUGUAUCUGGGUGAUCAUAAAUGUUAGUGAAUGUGGAACAUUGGCAGUAACACAACAGCUACAUCAAUUAAGUACUUCACAGUCUAAUGAUGUUCAGAUGUCAUAGCCUUUGACAGAUAAAAAUUCUCUCCAAACA